UUCUCUCUCUCUCUCUCUCUCUCACAGACACACACACACGCUCGCAACAACAGUUAGAAGAAAAUCAUUCUCUCUCAGUCAUCGAUCAAAAACUUACCCAGAAAACCUUUCCACUGAUCACAAUUCACAAUGCAGCCACGACAUACUCCGCCGGAAUCGGACCUACCACUACUCGCCGCCAUCAAAGUCAAAUCCUCCUCCCCACGCUUCCCACCUCCCAUCGCCACUCCUUCCUCCACCGAAACCCCAACUGCCAACGCCCAGCGCAAAAUUGGCAUCGCCGUCGACCUCUCCGACGAGUCUGCCUUCGCCGUUAAAUGGGCCGUGCAUCACUACCUCCGCCCCGGCGACGCCGUCAUCCUCAUCCACGUCCGACCCACUUCCGUACUCUACGGUGCUGACUGGGGCUCUGUUGACCUCUCUAUCGUCGAUACCGACAAUGAAGAGUCGACUCAAAAGCUCGAAGACGAUUUUGAUACUUUUACGACGACGAAAUCGACCGAUUUGGCCCAGCCGUUGGUGGAGGCUGAUAUUCCGUUCAAGAUCCAUAUCGUGAAGGACCAUGAUAUGAAGGAGAGGCUUUGUUUGGAAGUGGAGAGGCUAGGGUUGAGUGCGCUGAUUAUGGGGAGUCGAGGGUUUGGGGCGACGAGACGAGGGAGUAAUGGGAGGCUUGGGACUGUGAGUGAUUACUGUGUGAGGCACUGCGUUUGUCCAGUAGUUGUUGUGAGGUAUCCUGAUGAGAAGGACAGUGGAAAUGCUGGCGGUGCGCCGGUGGUGUCCGUGGCAUCGGUGGGCGCCGGGGAUGAGGAGGAGGUGGAGUAUCAUGAUGCCACUGAUGAUCGGAAAGAAACCUAGCUGAAAUUUUGUUUCACAAUGAGAUUCUGAAUGGAAGAAAGUGGAAGGCCUUGCUGUGUCUACAAACUGAAACUGAAGACGAAACCUAAUCUGUCAUUUGGAACAACUUAGAUGUUCUAGAUUGUUGGAUUCUUGUAUGUGAACCUUAGUUGCUCUCUCUCUCUCUCUCUCUCUCUCUCUCUGAUAUUAACUGUGAUAGUCGUAUGGGAAUUGCUGGCAUCUUUGCUUUUGGAGGUAGGUCUACCAGAAGAUGUCUUGCAUCCUUCUUUGUGAUAUAUAUAUGUACUCAUUGAAUUCUAGGGGUGCUUAUUUAUUCCGAGACAUUAUAACAUGACUGUUUCUUUGGCGUUCUUGAUGCUUAUAUCUAUGG